AAGAAAUUGAUGGCGAUUGGAAGGAGAGCUAGAAGCCUGAUGGGGCCUAUCUUAACAGCCAACUUCGUUGGAUAUCUAAUCUUACUUGGACUCGCCGGAUGGUCUCUCGACAAAUUCAUCGACGGUGAACAGAAUCACCCUCAUUUAGGGGGGAAUCAGUCGACUAGUUUUAUGCUGGUGUUUGCGUCGCUUGCUGGGGCUAUUGGUGUUUGUUCGGUGGUGGCUGGGUGGGUGCACCGCCGCGCCUGGCGGAGCGAUAGCUUGGCCGCCGCAGCUUCUUCGGCAAUCGCCGGCUGGGCCCUAACAGCCCUUGCUUUUGGGCUUGUAUGCAAGGAGAUCAUAAUGGGGGGGCACAGAGGAAAAAGAUUGCAAACACUGGAAGCAUUCAUCGCAAUAUCAACCUUGAGCCAGCUGCUGUAUUUGUUGCUCUUGCACGCCGGCAUGUUCGACAGCCGGUUUGGACCGUUGUAUUGAAGCCAUGGCGGCGCUGCUAUGACAAACAGGAGCAA